AUGUCUAGCUACUGGCAAAACCCCUCCCUGAACACUGCACUCCACUUCGCUGCGAGAGAGGGACAUGUGGCUGCAGUCCGGCUCUUGCUAAUUCGGGGAGCAGACAUCAUCGUGAACAAGAACGACACCUCAUUCCUUCAUGAAGCUCUGCAAAACGGGAAAAAAGAUGUGGUCAAUGCUGUAAUUGACAGUGAAAGGUGUGCUGAGGCUUUGAAGGUGUUCACUCCCGGCAGCAGCCAGCGAUGUCCCAUAGUAGACAUGAUUGAGUUUUUGCCUGAGACCUACAAGCACCUACUGGAUCGCUGUGUGAGGGAAUCUGAUGAUGACCACAACAGUCCUGAAUACCAUAUUGAAUAUGACUUUGAGUGGCUCCAGGCUCCCAUUAUGGCAAAGAAGAUCACUGACAAGAAUUACAAGUUUCAGCCACUAGCUGCGCUCAAUGCAAUGGUGCAGUACAACCGCAUUGAACUCCUCAACCACCCAGUCUGCAAAAAGUAUCUGGCAAUGAAGUGGGUUGCAUAUGGGAGCACGGCUCAUGUUCUCAACAUGUUCUUGUACCUGUUAGGGCUAAUGCCCUUAACUCACCUGAUAGUGACUUUAAGGCCCUCUAUGAACACCACUGAAACGGGCGGACACGACAUCAUCAUGGUGCCAGUAUCUUUCACCCAGCAAAGUCUGUUCAUGAGCUUUUGCAUGGUGAUGGUCGUGAUUAUGAACAUCUACUCAAUAGUGAAGGAAGUGGUGCAGAUUACACAGCAGCGCUGGAGUUACUUCAGGGAUUAUUCCAACCAAUGUGACUGGAUUUCAGCCGUCUUCUCCCUUCUGUUCAUAAUCCCUGUCAUGUUCAAUUCAGAGGGCUCAUUACACUGGCAAGCAGGUGCAAUAGCAGUUUUAAACUCCUGGGUUGGAUUUCUCCUUUAUCUCCAGAGGUUUGAAGGUGUUGGCAUCUACGUUGUGAUGUUUGGGGAGAUCAUGAGGACAUUGAUCCGUGUUGUUAUGCUGUUCUUCUACCUGAUGUUAGCAUUCAGUUUGGCAUUCCAUGCCCUGAUGCUCAAUCAGAGAGAGUUCGAGAGCGUCCCACUCUCAGUGAUGCAAACUUUUGUGAUGAUGGUUGGAGAACUGAACUACCAGAAUAACUUCCUGGAUGCAUAUCUGAACCAUGAACUCCCUUUUGGUCCCCUGACAUACUUCUUCUUUGUGGGCUUUGUUCUGCUCAUGCCAAUCCUACUGGUGAACUUGAUGAUUGGUUUAGCAGUUGGAGACAUUGCUGAAGUUCAAAGAAAUGCUGCCCUAAAACGAAUAGCCAUGCAGAUUGACCUCCAUACCGCUCUGGAAGACAAGCUCCCUUACUGGUUUAUGAAACGAGUGGACAAACCCUCCGUCACCACCUACCCCAACCGCAAAUGCUCCAGGCGCUUCCUCAAGGUGAUAUUCUUUGGUGAAGAGGAAACAAAUGAAGUCUGGAAUCGUCUGCAGUCCAAAUCAAAGAGCUGCACUGUGAUAGAGACGGAGCUCAGAAAGCAGAAGCAAAGAAUGAAGGAGAUGUCCAGCAUCCUGGAGAAGCAGCACGGCCUCCUGAAGCUCAUCAUCCAGAAGAUGGAGAUCACGUCCGAGGCCGACGAGUACGACGGCCCUGUGACCAUCCGGGGCACCAUGUGGCCCACUCUGAGUCAUGUGAAACCAAGAGGACGGAGCACGUCUCGCUGGGUGCCGCUGAUGAAGGCCAUCGAGUCCAAACGCAAAUGA